GUUCCUGUGACCUGUAGCGUGGGGAUCCGGAGCCGAUUCCCAGAACACGAAGGGGAAAAAAAACCUCUCCUAGUGAUCCCUCAGAACCUGCAUAUUUUCAUACGCUUUUUUUGGGGGGGCCACUAAUUGGGGCGCUUUUCCUUAGCGAACUUACUUAUCUUAAAGACGGAGCGGAAAAUAAAGCACGCACGCAACCCAAUUUCCGGAGAACCGAGAUCGCGACGAACAACCAGGAAGCGACUGGGUUGAGAGCUGUUCCCGGUUCUCCGUUCUGCUCUCGGGGGCACCUCCCGGGGUUCCUAAGCCGCGGCACCCCUCGCUGCCCCUCGAGGCCGUUUCCCUGACCUAGGCUUUAGCCUGGGCCACUCGUUCCGGAGCCGUCAUGUCGUCCGACUUCGAAGGUUACGAGCAGGACUUCGCGGUGCUCACUGCAGAGAUCACCAGCAAGAUUGCGAGGGUCCCACGACUCCCGCCUGAUGAAAAGAAACAGAUGGUUGCAAAUGUGGAGAAACAGCUUGAAGAAGCGAAAGAACUGCUUGAACAGAUGGAUUUAGAAGUCCGAGAAAUACCACCCCAAAGUCGAGGGAUGUACAGCAACAGAAUGAGAAGCUACAAACAAGAAAUGGGAAAACUCGAAACAGAUUUUAAAAGGUCACGGAUCGCCUACAGUGACGAAGUACGGAAUGAGCUCCUGGGGGAUGAUGGGAAUUCCUCCGAGAACCAGUUGAUAAAAUUACGUGAAGAGAGGGCACAUCUGCUCGAUAACACAGAGAGGCUGGAAAGGUCAUCUCGGAGACUAGAGGCUGGAUACCAAAUAGCAGUGGAAACCGAGCAAAUUGGUCAGGAGAUGUUGGAAAACCUUAGUCAUGACAGAGAAAAGAUACAGCGAGCACGUGAAAGACUUCGGGAAACAGACGCUAAUUUGGGAAAAAGCUCCAGGAUUCUGACGGGGAUGUUGCGAAGGUAAGAGCAAGAAUCAUCCAGAACCGCAUCCUGCUCGUCAUCCUAGGGAUCGUCGUGGUCAUCACCAUCCUGAUGGCGAUCACUUUUUCUGUCAGAAGACACUGAUGUAUCUGCUCUCCCUUGAUAAACAGCAACAACAGCUUGUUCUGAGUAAUUAAGACAAAAUGGUCACAUGAAUCAUUCUAUUGCACUGACAGGCCCCGGGUGACCCUCUCUCUCCCUCACCGCCGUUGGGCUGAAGUGCAAAGAGUGUAAAAACAUUUUCUAUUCCUGUUUGCAUGUGGGUUGGUUUCCUUUUCGAGGUUUGUCUUCACCUAGAUUCGUUUUUUAGAGGGGAAGGUGAAUGUUUAUUUGCCUUUUUGCUAAUGUCAUCAACUAGCCAAAAUAGCCUGGUGACAUUCCUCUUAGCCCUUUGGACGUGUCAAGGGCCGUGGUUUGGGAGAGGACAUGAUGAGUCAGUCACGAGAGCUUCUGUUUGUCACACGCCUCUUGUUGCUGAAAAGCUCUUCUGUGAUGUCCGAGGAUAAAAAGGCAGCAAAAAGCAGGGGAUGGAGUCAGUGACCCAGUCCGGCAAGCCAGCCCUGUUCCUACCCAGGCCUCAUGAAUAUGGUCAUCAACCUGCUUGAGUGCUUUCAUUGUAAAGGUCGGUAUUUAAUGUCAGUUGUACAGGAAAUUGACUUAGCACUUUCCCUGUUUUUCUAUUGCAUAAUUUUUUUUGAAAACCCAAGAAUAUUUUUGCUGAGCCUGCCCAAUAUUCACUGUUCACAACUUUGAUUACUGGCUUCAGGAAAUAUUUCCUUGCCUUCCCUAAAUCCCAUACUCCCCAGAAUCUGCUGGCAAAGUGAGCCCUGGCACGGGAUUUAAUUGUGACCUCAUCUUCCCUGACCUGUGUAAGCAUCUCUGUAUCCUUUCGGUUUUAAUAUCUGCACUGCCAAAAGCAGUCCUCAUACAUGCAAAAGGUCUGACAAGGUUCUCUCCACAUCCAUUCCAGUAUGUAAAGAGACCAUGAAUAUUUCAGUAAGAGCAAGAACAUGACUCCAUCAGUGUGAAAUUUCAAAUGUGAUUAUAAAUAUGGGAGAGUCCUAUAGGAGGGUCCACCAGAGAUAAACUUCACGGAAAACGUUCCCUAACCUCCUUUAAAAGAAUAGAGGAUGGUGGAUUGUUACAAAAGGAACGGCUUGGGUUUUUUAGCUAACAAAUGUUAGCAAGCCUUUCCUGAAUUCACUAUGUAUUCAAACUUCUAAUAUGCUUUGUGAUUUUUUUUCUUUUCAUUUCUUUCUGUCUGAGGUAACCAGGCAUUGCGUUCAAAAUGAGCUCAUUUGUGAUCAGGCUUAAAAGUUGCCCAAGCUGAGGUCGCUUCCCCCCCAGUCACAAAGCAGAAUGUGUUUUUCUCAAGACUUCAUAGGCACUUACUGGUCCAUACUAUCUUUGGAAUAUAAUUAGAAGCUUUGAAUCCUUGAAAAGCAAACCUGUUCUCUUCAUCAAAAAUGCUAACCACCUGUGCCCAUGGAUCAAGAUCACCUGGAUGUAGUGCUUG